AUGAGCUCUAAUUCCUCAUCGUCAUGGGACACUGAUGUUCUUGAGGGUCAAUUGUUCAAGAAAUUAACAAAGUACUCGCUGUAUCUGCAAAAACUGUCUACUGCCUCACAAGUGAAGAAACUAUCACAAAUCAUAGAAAGGGAUCAUGAAGAACAAUUGAGAUCACUCGACCAGUUCAUUCAAGAAUCACAGACUAAACACAAUAGGGCGGUACGAAGUCUGGAAUUGCAGAGAACUGAUCUGACUACUACUCUUUCAAAAUACCAUACUUCUUUAACGGCGAUAUCAAACUCCAAUGUUACUGCCACGGCGAUCCAUGAUGACAUUGUUACAGUCGAACGUGAAGAUUUACUGAUUAAGAAAACUUUUCAAUUUGUGCAGUCCGUUAGCAUCCUAAAGAACAACAUCUCAGUCAUUCAUAGUGCCCUUGAGGCUAGGGACCAUCAACUGGCAGCAAAAUCGAUACAUGAGAUUAGGAGUCUACCAAAAGAAAUUGUUGGGUCCGAGUUUGCCAAGAAGGUGGUCCCAACCAGUGAUAUACCCGAGGAGCCGGCUGUUCUGAUAGAGAAAUGGUGUAGCGACCUAACAGACAUCUUCAAAGCUGACUUUCUAGAAGCUGCAAAAGCACAAGAUAUCCCACAAUUGACUUUGAUCUUUAAAAUGUUUCCGCUAAUAGGUCAAAACUCUUUGGGACUUGACCUGUAUUCCAAGUAUGUCUGUGGCAUUAUCGCCGAAGAAAGUCGGAAAAUUAUGACAAUGGAAGCUAAGAAGAGAGGAGUUUUUGCCCAGGCUUUGCUUCAUCUUUUCAAGAUUGUAUCUACCAUCAUAAACGACCACUCAAAGGUUAUCUCGGCUUGUUAUGGUGAUAACUUCAUGAUCCAUGUCAUGGAAAAAGUUCAAAAGGAGGCUGAUCUGCAAGCAGGUCUGAUAUUGGACACUUUUAAUGAAACAAGAAAGGUCGACCGCAUAACAAGAGCUAUAAGUUCUUUGAAUUUAAGUCACCAAGAAUUCGUUAAUGAGUACGGUCUGGAGCCUGACACUGUUCGCGCUCGAACCCACAAAAUGAAUGAUCAGGUAUCGGAACGUGACGGCGGCUUGAGUGAUAUCAGCGACAUAACCGAUGUACUCAGUGAAUUCUCGCAAAUGUUGCAAAACUGGUCAAUGUAUUCGAGAUUUUUCUCCGUUAGAUGGUACGAGUUUCUGAACGUCACAAACUUGGAAAUGGUUACGCCGCCACCACCAAUAGCUGAUAGUCAAUACUUUAGCAAGCUACAGAAGGACGCUUUUUAUGCGAAUUUUGAGAUUUUAGUGACUCAUUGUCUGGAGAAGUCUUUCAAGCAGAGCUUGUCCCUCGAGGAAUUGCCCUCAAUAAAUGAUCUAGUAAUUUUCAAACGGGUAGAGCAUACUGACAUCUUUUCGUAUCCAGUCUCAUCAAUCCUGGAUGACCUUUCAUUGCUUAUAAGGAAGAAUCUUAUUCUGACGCUCAACACAGGUCAGACCCAGAUCUUCUCCCGAUUCCUGGAUCAGAUUGCGAAAUUCUAUCAGAAUGAGUAUUUGGUGAGAUAUAUGCAAACGGAGCUCAAAAAUUUACAAUCGAGAUUGAACUCUUCACUGGUACUGAAAAAAUACGUGCCCAAAGCAGGCCCAGAUGGAUCGCUGAGUUCCAGGGCUGCUUCUCCCUCCGCAAUGGAAACUUAUGCCACAAACAAAUUAUCACAGUUCGGCUUCAAUUUUAGAGGAGCAGCUGCGAAUGCUCUAACCAACUUCCAAUCGAAUCUACAGGCAGUAGUUUCUGAUGAAGACGCAGUCUUAUCGUUGCAUCACUACCUCAUUUAUGUCAACACUCUUUACAUGAAUCCUAAGAUUGCGCACAGGCUAUUUAUCACAGAGAUUUUGGAAGAAAAUCCGAGGCUCUUACAUGACAACUUCCCGUUCGGUACUGAUGCGGAUAUUUUGGCUAAGAAAGUGGCCUCAUGUGAGGCCCUUCUCGCCAAACAAACAAACAAACUGCAAAAAUGGUCGAUAAAGUUCCUGUUUGAAAAUGUGCUUGCCAAUAAAAUACGAACGAUUUUGAGUAACAUCCUGAUUAAUAGUAACGAUAAUCAUUAUAUCUCGGGUGCAGACGAUUACGAUGAUCUAUCAACAGUGCAUGAAUUUAUCUCCAAAUGGAACACCCACAUGGUGCCAUACGAGAACAUUCUGACCAAAGACGCUUUUUUGGAAUUAUUAUCACUAAUAGUUAACUGCAUCAUCGAAAAGCUUGAACAAAGAAUUUGGGCGCUACAAGUCAACGAGCUUGGCGCUACCAAGCUUGACCGCGAACUAAGCCUACUUAUCGCCACUGUAUGUCAGCAAAAUUACGCGCUGAGGGAGAAAUUCGCCAAAUUGACUCAACUGGUCCUAAUUCUUGGAUUCGAUGACGACGAUUUCGAUGUUGACGGCGGAGACCUAAAGGAAGAAAUCUCCAACGACAUCAAUUGGGUUAUCAGCCCACAAGAACGUGUCAAAGCAAGGAGUCUGAAAAUUGACAGAAGGCAUUGA